AUGGAUGUUUUCCUCGAAUUCGAAUUCAUCUACGAUGAUACUUGGGUUAUUCUUGUGAAGAGUGGUGGAAGGGACAUGUGGGGGUCGAGUGACGUUGUAAAGUUUAAGUCGAAUGGAAGUGCGGUUGGGCUCGUAUCGAUGCGUGGGGCUGUUCGGUCCACGUCUCGUAUUGUAUUCGGCCCCAACUCGGAGGGGGUUUUCGACUAUCUUCGAAUGGCAUUAGAUAUGGGUGUUACAAUUCGACUUCAAUCCGGAUAUCAUAAGUGCUCACUACAUGUAGCUAGCGAUUAUUCAACAAGGCUUUCUCGAAAGCCCAUAUCGGCUCCUACCGUCCUAUUAGCUUCCACCAAGGCUUCCCCGAACUAUCAUAUAUCAUACCAGUCACUAGCUUCAACCAAGGCUGCUCCUGCCUACAUAUCUUCACAGCACGUCACUCGCGCCACGAACAAGGCUGCAAACACUCGUACCACCAGCGGGGGUGGUACAGGCGUGGUACACACACAGGUCACACAGAGCAGAUCUUUAUCGAUUGGUGUCACAGGGUACCUGUCUCAAUUGCUCAUACCUUGCCCUAUCUAUCUAUCUAGCGGCUGGAUCUCUUCGUCCAACGUUGUGCAACACCGAUUCCCGUUCUCCCAAGGCGUUCUGGAAGGCGCGGUUUCGAACGGGGAGGUGGAUCUCGUGGCAGGGAUCAUCCUAUUCUAUCAUCUAUGGCCGCGCGUGAAGUGGGGCGCGAAAUCGGUAGAGUACUUGUUACGGGGGCUAUGGUUAGCGGGAGCUAGGGUUCAAGUAGAGGGCGCGGGUUGUGGUCUCCAAGGAUGGCGUACCGCAGUAUCAGCGUGCAGGGACCGCGGUAAGUACGGCUGUCUACAUGUAGUCUACUUACUCUAA